CUUUCCAAAGGCGUCCUCACGGAAUAAGCCAGUUUGGAUUGAGCGUUCGUUACUGUUCGGUGUUACUUAGUUAGUGUUGUGAAAUUUGAACCGCGUUUAAAAAUGUCUGAAGUCAUCGAAAUGAUUAUGAUUUUGAUAAUAGUGACGCUGUGCUUUCUAAUGAUACCGUUCAAUCUACAACCGAACGCGGUUAUUGAAGCACGAAGGAAGUUUGACAUUUUUAUUAGGCUCUACGAGAAACCUUAUCGAUUUAACGUGCGCGAGUACGAGCACCGAUUUCAGAUCUUUCGCUCAUCGCUGCACAAGAUAGCAUCGUUGAACGCACAUCGCGUUGAAAAUGAUACCGCAAUUUAUGGCAUCACGCAGUACGCGGAUCUUUCGGACCAGGAGUUUUUGCGGAUCAAUCUGGCCGAUUUAAAGCAUGAGCACUAUCCUGCGCUAGGAUUCGAAUCUGCUGGGUCUAGUUUGUUGGACAAGUUUACAAUCGAAUCAAAAAGCGCUGAAAUGAAAGAUAAUAUUAUAUUUUCACGAGCUCGAAGAGAUCUUCGCAUCCCAAAAUUGCUGCCAAAGGUCGUUGAUUGGCGAGAAAAAGGAGUGAUUCCGGCAGUGAAAUCCCAAGGAAGUUGUGGGGCGUGUUGGGCAAUUAGCGUCGUUGAUACGAUUUCGUCAAUUUCGGCCAUAAUGAAGGCUCAGAGCAAUGCCACAGAUUUGUGCAUCGAACAGGUGAUAAACUGUGCUGGCAAUGGAAACUAUGGUUGCGAGGGAGGAGAUACAUGUCGUUUACUCGAAUGGAUGAGGGAAUCGAAUGUAAAGCUGAACACAUUAAAAGACUGUGAAACGACACAACAAUUUAAAAAUGGCACCGAAUGUGCAUUCCAAAAUGCUACAGUGGGUGAUUAUAUGGCGGUGGAAAAAUUCUCCUGCGUUAGCCUAGUUGAUCGUGAACACCUGAUGCUGCGUUACUUGGCAACGCGAGGACCAAUUGUAGCGGCCGUAAAUGCCGCCUCCUGGCAGUACUAUCUGGGAGUCGUCCAGUAUCACUGCGACGGAAGUUACGAAGACCUGAAUCAUGCGGUGGAAAUUGUCGGCUACAAUCUGGAAGGCACAAUUCCGUACUAUUUGGUGAAAAACUCGUGGGGACCGCGUUUCGGAGAUCAUGGUUACAUAAAAAUUGAAAUUGGCAAAAAUUUGUGUGGCAUUGCCAAUCGAGUUUCGUUUAUCGAACUCAUGUAAGUAAAUAAAACAACUUUUU